CCUUUCCGCGCCCGCCGUCGUCCUUUCCCCCGGAUCCCCCCCUCCCUCCCUAACGGCCCACCUUGCGUCGGACAUGGCCACUCGCCGGCUCCUGCCCGUCGGCAGCGGACCGUCUGCCCUGGGACGGCUGUUGACCUGCUCAUUGGGUCACUCUCGACCGACGGCACUGUUCUCCGGGUCUCCCCUUGUGCGGUCCUUCGCCACGGGUGCCGCUCCAAUGGUCGAUGCUGCGCCCGCCGCCGAGGCUGCCCUUCCAGGGUCAGCCGACGCCGCUUCUCCCCCGGUGGCCCGGGCAAAGAAGCCGGCCAAGCCCCCGAAGCCGGUUCCUGUCAAGAUCACCCUGCGCGAUGAGGACCUCCAGGAGCAGUUUGUUCGGGGCUUCGGCAACGGCGGCCAGAAGGUCAACAAGACGUCCAGCUGUGUGAUUCUGUCGCACGCGCCGACCGGCAUUGUCGUCAAGUGCCAGAAGACCCGGUCCCGGGAGCAGAAUCGCAAGGAGGCUCGGAAGAUCCUGAUCGGCCUUCUGGACCAGCGGAUCAACGGAGACCUCUCCAAGCAGGCGCGCAAAAUGGACAAGAUUCGGCGGCGGAAGAGCCGCGCCGACCGCCGGUCCCGCGCCAAGUACGACACCGCCACCGCGGCCGCCGGAACGGCCGCCGGGCAGGCCGCCUCGGUCUCCGACGCCCGAGACCAUGACAGUGAUGACGAUGGCGGGGAGGAGGAGUACUCGGACACGGAGUUCGACUCCGACUUCGACUCCGACUCCGACUCCGCCUCGGGCCCUGACAGCGAUGCUGAACGGGCGGAUGGCAGGUCAUCCGGGCCGAUGAUCCGGACCCCCGGCGCGGCAUUUGCCCCUUCCGCUCCUGUGUUGUUUUCGCACCCGCCGCCGGACCGGCAGGACUCGGCCAUCACCUCGGGUCUGGCCCAGAGCCCAAGCGAGCAAGCCGAUGCCUCGGACUCCGAGGUGCCCUGGGAUGCGCACAUUCCCUGGGACGCGCACCUUUACUGGGAUGCCAAUGUCGAGACCCUCGCGGGCUCUCCUCCUGGGCCGACACCAUCCGCGGCCGACCAGACACCGGUGCCUGUGGAGGGGUCUGGCAAACCGCUCGACAUGGUGCCGGAGAUGCUGCACUCCAUUUUGGGCGAGGCGGCCAGCCGGGAUAUCCCCGAGCAGGACUUCAACCUGGCGGACUUCCUGUCCGAGGAGGACCGCUUGCAGCUGGCCCAGCUGCAGGCGCGCGAGGACCAGGACAAGAAGGCCAUCCAAGAGUUGUCAUCUUUGUCUGACAGUCCGGAGGCCCUCCUCCAGGAAGCCAUGCUCCAGGUAAGCCAGAUAUAUGCCUCGCAGCUGGCUGCUGCCCACAGCUUGGUCGAGGUUCUGCGUGAGGCUCUGGCCCCCCUGGACACAGGCAUUGCCCCAACCCCGGCGGCCGAGGAUGUCGAGGCGCCCAUCUCGCUGGAUCUGCUGAUGGAAAUCCUUGCCCUGGUGGAGCUGAUGGACUCGCCUGCCCGGGCGGCGGAGCUGCAUUUGGCGAACCAGCGCGGGCGACGGACCUCUUCCUUGCCGAAUAUCGAGCUCCCCCGGGACCUGUCUCCGGAGGAGCAGGAGUUGGUGGUGCUCCUGCCGGUCAUCCAUGACACGCUGGUGGAGCGGGUCGCCGAGAGGCUGGAUGCCGGUGCCGGGAGGAACUACUCCGGCGAGGAGCUUCGACAGCUCUCGGAAAGCUUGGACUGGGAGCGAGGCGAGCGGGCCCGGCGUCUUGAAGCCCAGCGCCAGAAGGAGCAGGCCGCCCUGCAGGAGAAGGAGCGCCGGGCAAAGGAGGCCUCCGAACGGUCGCGCAGAGGGCCGCCUGUCCGUGGCGCCAGGCGUCUGGACCGGAAUCAGCACACGGCUCUGGAGGCUGCGAAGCCGGGCCCCAGCCCCCAUGGCGUCUCACCGGAGGUGCUGGACAUCCUGUCGGGUGCAAUGCGCGGCGGCGCCGGUGGUCGAAUGGGCAACUGGCCCGGGCUGCCUCCUGGCAUGACGGCGGUCAUGCCCCCGCCCGCUCCUCAGAUGCCGCCGUCCAGUCCCUUGACCGGCCCUCCGCGGUCGGCCUCCAACCGGCAAAUGGUCGACAAUUUGCUGCAGCAGGCGCGAACCCUGCACCAGGUUGGGAAGGGCGGCCAGCGUGGCGGCGCCAGCGGCGGCAUGCGUGGCGGCGGCGGCGGACGCGGUGGCGGGGCGCGCGGCGGCGGUGGCGGCCGGCGCUACUACAGCACAUCUGCCAGCGCACCCCCCCCUUCGGAGGGAUAUGUGCUCCGUCUUCUGGGGACGCCAACCUGCCAGUUGUGUGACCUAUCGGCCGAGGCGCUGGUCGCUGCGGCGCACCGGGUUUUCCCUCGUCCGGCUGACGCGCCGCCGGCUCGCUUCGGCUGGGAGUACCGGUGGCCGGAGCACGCCCCGGUGCAUCUGGAGCGGGUGGACCUGACGGCGGAGCACUUCCGCGGGACUCCCCUCCAGCGGCGGCUCAUCCUCCAUGUGCCGGUGUUGCUUUUGGCCGACGCCAAGGCCGACUCGGAUGCCUGGACGCCGGCCUGUCGGCUGUUCCCGGACGCCCUGGCUCACGAUCUCGGCCUAGAGGUGUCCCGCCAUCGGGUAUCCGAGGAAGUGGCGCGCACGCUUCUUGAGACCUUGGCUGCUGGGGGCUCCAGCGACCCGGAUGCCGAGGUGGACUAGCUGCAGGGCUGUCGAUUUGUGGCGUGCCGUUAGCUGGUAGGCCAGAGCGGAGAAGGGGUGGGACCCCCCCCCCGCCCUGUGCCAACAUCCAGGCCUCUCCCCCCCCCCCCCCCCC